GAAACUGCACAAAUCGAGCGAGGCGAAGCGUCGCGUCGCGACGCGUUUUUUGCCGUCGCUGUCAGUCGUGAAGGUGGGUCAUUGUGAAAUGACAGCGCCGAACCAACCAGGCGCACAGAAUGCGCAAGCAGGACUCGCUCUUUCCGGUUGCCAGAGCGAGACAGCCCGCAGAGCCAUGCAGUUCGGGGGUGGCUUGUAACCUAGUGCCAUCCCUGUCUGACGCCCGUCUUCGAAUGCUGGGCGCCGGUGCGCAUUUUUGCGUCUGAAAGAAACAGGUCGAAGCCGGCCAAAACCCGCGGAAACGAAGAUUAAUGUGAAUGUCGCUCGCUCGAGGCGAAUGCCGAAAUCCGCUAGUCGGUUGAUUCUGGGCUCCGGUCCCUCGAUGUCGGAAAAUGUCGUGCAAGUGUUCGCUCGCACCCGCAUUUGUCGCUGCAAGCGCCAGAAGGAGACGUUACAUUUCGAAUUUGGCUUGUUGCCGCUGGUCGUACAGUAAAAUGGGAAAUUCGAAUCGUGUAAUCGCGUGUAAAAUGGAGAAACGUGGCGACUUUUUCACUUAAAUAUGUAGUCCCAGCUAGAAAAAAGGGACGAAAAUAUAAAAAUGAAGUAAAAUUAAGUUCAGCAUUUUGACAGAACUUGCCCCAGGCCAUAGGUGACACAAGUCAGGGGCAAGCAUGUUGGGCUCCAAAGGAAACUGAAUUUUGGAGCGGAAGCGGACCAAGCAGGAUCAGGAUGCACCUCAACGGCCCAAGUGGGCCGCAGGCCUAUGUGAACGAAAGCGUUGAUGAAGGAGGAGUGUUCCCGAUGGGACAUGGAUAUCCGGUGGAGUACCAACACAUGGUGCACUCCCAUUGGCGGGGAUUCAGAGAGGCGCCUAUCUACUAUCAUGUUGGAUUUUACAUUGCCUUUGUCGUCCUUAUGCUUUUAAAUCUUUUCGGCAAUGGCCUGGUUCUCUGGAUCUUUUCCACAUCGAAAUCUUUGCGUACUCCCUCUAACUUGCUGAUUCUCAACCUGGCUAUUUUCGAUCUGUUCAUCUGCACCAAUAUGCCCCAUUAUCUGCUCAACGCAACAGUUGGCUAUAUAGUGGGAGGCGAUCUGGGAUGCGAUAUAUACGCUUUGAACGGAGGCAUCUCCGGAAUGGGAGCUUCCAUAACUAAUGCCUUUAUUGCCUUCGAUCGGUACAAGACAAUAUCAAACCCGAUAGACGGACGGUUGAGCUAUGGCCAGAUUGUUCUGCUAAUAAUGUUCACCUGGUUGUGGGCCACGCCAUUUUCAGUACUGCCCCUAUUUCAGAUUUGGGGACGUUUUCAACCAGAGGGCUUCCUGACCACUUGCUCCUUUGACUACCUGACCAACACGGACGAAAACCGGCUGUUUGGGGGUACCAUCUUCGUGUGGUCCUAUGUGAUUCCGAUGGCCAUGAUCCUCGUUUCCUACUACAAGCUCUUCACCCACGUCCGCGAUCACGAGAAGAUGCUGGCGGAUCAGGCCAAGAAGAUGAACGUUAAGUCGCUGUCGGCCAAUGCCAAUGCGGACAUCAUGAGCGUGGAACUGCGGAUCGCCAAGGCGGCUAUGAUUAUUUACAUGCUGUUCAUCGUGGCCUGGACCCCGUACUCGGUGGUGGCGCUGAUCGGAUGCUUCGGGGAGCAGCAGAUAAUCACGCCAAUCGUAUCGAUGCUUCCGUGCCUGGCCUGCAAGUCGGUGUCCUGCCUGGAUCCCUGGGUCUAUGCCGCCAGCCAUCCCAAGUAUCGUCUGGAGCUGGAGCGCCGGCUGCCAUGGCUGGGAAUCCGCGAGAAGCAGGCCGCAUCCGGCUCAUCUGCUGGCCAGGAGAGUGUGGCCAGUGUCAGCGGCGAUACUCUGGCUCUCAGUGUGCAAAACUAAUGGAACGUCAAAUGGAUUAACGAAGUGACACCAUAAAAAUGAUUAUAAGUGUAUAAGUUGAUUAGUUCUAAGGCGCAAUGAACUAAAAGAGUUCCAAAAAUACAAACCAAAAAAAGUUGGCAUUGAAAAAUAA